GCGGGGGCUGGGCGGCUGGGGAGGCCCAGGCGGCGGAGCCUCCGGGACGGCGAGCGGCGGAGGAGGAGACCGCGGGUCGGGCAUUUUUAAAAUAUUUAAUCAUUCAUGAGUUGAGCUUCAUUCUUGAGUCAUGGAUGACAAGGCUUCUGUUGGAAAAAUCAGUGUCUCCUCAGAUUCAGUAUCUACUCUUAAUAGUGAAGAUUUUGUCUUGGUUUCCAGGCAAGGAGAUGAAACACCAUCUACAAAUAAUGGAAGUGACGACGAGAAAACAGGACUCAAGAUUAUAGGGAAUGGAAGUGAGCAGCAGCUACAGAAAGAGUUAGCAGAUGUGCUGAUGGAUCCUCCAGUGGACGACCAGCCGGGGGACAAGGAGCUUGUGGACAGGUCCCAGCUGGAUGGCGAAGGAGAUGGCCCUCUUCCUGACCAGCUCUCAGCGUCCUCCACCAUCAACCCUGUGCCACUAGUCGGGCUCCAGAAGCCAGAGAUGAGCCUGCCGGUGAAAUCUGGACAAGGAGAUUCUGAAGAGUCAAGCCCUUUCACACCAGUGGCUGAUGAGGACAGUGUAGUUUUCAGUAAACUGACUUAUUUAGGCUGUGCCUCAGUGAAUGCCCCUAGGAGUGAAGUCGAAGCCUUGAGGAUGAUGUCCAUCUUGAGAAGCCAGUUACAGAUUUCACUCGAUGUGACCUUGUCGGUGCCGAAUGUGUCAGAAGGAACUGUGAGACUCUUAGAUCCUCAGACAAACACUGAAAUAGCAAACUACCCUAUCUACAAAAUCCUCUUCUGUGUCAGAGGGCAUGAUGGAACUCCCGAGAGUGACUGUUUUGCUUUCACCGAAAGUCACUACAAUGCAGAACUUUUCAGAAUACAUGUCUUCCGGUGUGAAAUACAAGAAGCUGUGAGCCGGAUACUCUAUAGUUUUGCCACUGCCUUCCGCCGUUCUGCCAAGCAGACCCCACUUUCAGCCACAGCUGCACCCCAGACUCCUGACAGCGACAUCUUUACCUUCUCUGUGUCUUUAGAAAUAAAAGAAGAUGAUGGUAAAGGUUAUUUUAGUGCAGUUCCUAAAGAUAAGGACAGACAAUGCUUUAAAUUGCGCCAAGGAAUUGAUAAGAAGAUUGUUAUCUAUGUGCAGCAAACAACUAAUAAAGAACUGGCUAUUGAAAGGUGUUUUGGUCUUCUCCUUAGUCCUGGGAAAGAUGUAAGAAAUAGUGACAUGCACUUAUUAGAUUUGGAAUCUAUGGGCAAAAGUUCAGAUGGAAAAUCCUAUGUAAUUACUGGGAGCUGGAAUCCAAAAUCCCCUCAUUUUCAAGUUGUCAAUGAAGAAACUCCUAAAGAUAAAGUGCUGUUUAUGACCACAGCUGUUGAUUUGGUAAUCACGGAAGUGCAGGAGCCUGUUCGAUUUCUUCUAGAGACUAAAGUUCGUGUGUGCUCACCCAAUGAACGAUUAUUCUGGCCUUUCAGCAAACGCAGUACUACUGAAAAUUUCUUUCUGAAAUUAAAACAGAUAAAGCAGAAGGAGAGGAAGAAUAAUACUGACACUUUAUAUGAAGUCGUGUGCUUGGAAAGCGAAUCAGAGAGAGAGAGAAGGAAAACUACAGCGAGCCCUUCGAUUCGCCUGCCUCAGUCUGGGUCUCAGAGUUCGAUGAUUCCUUCUCCUCCAGAAGACGAUGACGAGGAAGAUAAUGACGAACCCCUCUUGAGCGGAUCUGGUGAUGUAUCCAAAGAAUGCGCAGAAAAGAUUCUCGAAACGUGGGGAGAACUGCUGUCAAAAUGGCACCUCAAUUUGAAUGUGAGACCGAAGCAGCUGCCAUCCUUAGUGAGAAGCGGUGUUCCCGAAGCUCUUCGAGGCGAGGUGUGGCAGCUGCUAGCCGGGUGCCACAACAACGACCACCUGGUGGAAAAAUACCGGAUUCUCAUCACCAAGGAGUCUCCCCAGGACAGUGCCAUCACCCGGGACAUUAACCGGACGUUCCCAGCCCAUGAUUAUUUUAAGGACACUGGAGGAGACGGACAAGAUUCUUUGUAUAAAAUAUGCAAGGCCUAUUCCGUGUACGACGAGGAGAUUGGCUACUGCCAGGGCCAGUCGUUUCUUGCUGCUGUUCUGCUUCUACACAUGCCAGAAGAACAGGCCUUCAGUGUUCUGGUCAAGAUCAUGUUUGACUAUGGCCUCAGGGAACUUUUCAAGCAAAACUUUGAAGACCUGCACUGCAAAUUCUACCAAUUGGAGCGCCUCAUGCAGGAGUACAUCCCCGACCUGUACAACCACUUCCUGGACAUCAGCCUGGAGGCGCACAUGUACGCCUCGCAGUGGUUCCUCACCCUCUUCACCGCCAAGUUCCCCCUCUACAUGGUCUUCCACAUCAUCGACCUGCUCCUGUGCGAGGGAAUCAGUGUGAUUUUUAAUGUUGCCCUGGGAUUAUUGAAGACUUCCAAGGAUGACUUGCUCUUAACUGACUUUGAAGGUGCCUUGAAGUUCUUCAGGGUUCAGCUUCCCAAGAGAUACCGCUCAGAAGAAAACGCAAAGAAGCUCAUGGAAUUAGCUUGCAACAUGAAGAUCAGUCAGAAGAAGUUGAAAAAAUACGAAAAAGAAUACCACACGAUGCGGGAACAGCAGGCCCAGCAGGAAGACCCCAUUGAGCGAUUCGAGAGGGAAAAUAGACGACUCCAGGAAGCGAACAUGAGGUUGGAACAGGAAAACGACGACUUAGCCCAUGAGCUGGUGACCAGCAAGAUUGCUCUUCGGAAGGACCUGGAUAACGCUGAGGAAAAGGCGGACGCGUUGAACAAGGAGCUGCUCAUGACCAAGCAGAAGCUGAUCGACGCAGAGGAGGAGAAGCGGCGGCUAGAGGGAGAGUCGGCCCAGUUAAAAGAAAUGUGCCGCCGAGAACUUGACAAGGCAGAAUCCGAGAUUAAGAAAAACAGUUCUAUCAUCGGCGACUACAAGCAGAUUUGUUCUCAGUUGAGUGAAAGAUUGGAGAAGCAGCAGACGGCCAAUAAAGUAGAGAUUGAGAAGAUUCGGCAAAAAGUGGAUGACUGCGAGCGCUGCCGGGAAUUUUUCAACAAAGAAGGACGCAUCAAGGGAGUGAGCGCCGCCAAGGAGGUGGUGGACGAGGACACGGACGAAGAGAAGGAGACGCUCAAGAACCAGCUGAGAGAGAUGGAGCUGGAGCUGGCGCAGACCAAGCUGCAGCUGGUGGAAGCCGAGUGCAAGAUCCAGGACUUGGAGCACCACUUAGGCCUGGCCCUAAAUGAGGUCCAGGCGGCCAAGAAGACGUGGUUUAACCGAACACUGAGCUCCAUAAAGACGGCGACCGGAGUUCAAGGGAAAGAGACUUGCUGAGGCAGCGGCUGCCUCUGGACAACCUCCAGAAAACACGACACCUUUUGUUGCCUUCUUCGGCCAGAUGUGUGAUUCUGAGACAUGUCCCAGGACCAGGAUAGAGCUAAAUCCGAUCCAUAGACGCAUGUUGGUAGGUCACUGGACCAGAGCUCACGAAGCAGCCAGCCUCUGGGGGAAGGCGCUCCUAACUACUGAUACUAACAGGCCUGCUCGCUUGGCUGAUGCUCACAAGAUACUCCUUGGCGCGGCCGCCCACAGGCCCCCCGGGCUGGGCAGUGGCCCCCACACAGCUCAGAGCUCUGUGGACAUGGUCAGAGAUUGGGGAUCCUUCAAGCUGUUGGGUUUUUUUCUAAACCUUUAACCUUUUUUUUAAAUAUACAUAUUAUAUAUAUAAAUAUAUAUGGGGGUGGGGAGGCUGGGGGAUCAGUAACUCGAAAUAAUUGUUACGUUUCAGUGCCAGCAGAGGGCACCCCAGGUAGACAUAGAGAUGCACUUUGUUUGACAUAGGAGGGACUCAUGGUUGUCGCUGAACCACCUCGUUUGGUUAAGCUCUGACGCACAGGUUUUUGGUUUGGCAUUAUUCACCUGUUUCUGACCAAUUCUAUGCAACUCUUACAGUUCCUGUUGUUUAGUGGUAGCUGCCAAAAAUGAGUACUGGGCUGGGGUGGGUGACUUAACUGUGAGACAGAAUUAAUCAUAACGUGGACAAAUCCUAUUUUGCUUAUGUGUCAUAAGUGUGUGUAUGUGUGUGUACAUAUAUAUAUAUAUAAAUAUUUUCUCCCGAUGCACCCAACUGACAGUGUUUACUCCCUGACCAGGACUGACCCGCACAACUGAAUUAUGUGGUUAUUUGGCACUUAUUCUCUCCAGCCUUGCUGGGCGCUGCGCCCUGAAGCGCCUCCUCACUUCAAGGUUCCUAGAGUCUUUGCACAACAGGUUGUACAAGUGAGAAAGACACUGAGCUCUGUGUGUGUGUGCGCGUGCGCGUGUAAGUGUGAAUACAUGCAGGACGUAUGUGUGGCGAGGCCUGUCCUGCUGGCCUGUGGAUCACUCCCCGCCACCUGGGCCCUCCCGGAAGGUGGCCGGGUGUGAACCUCGAUGUUCCGAAGGUGGCAGGAGAAUGGGAUGGAGGUUCGGCACCUUUUUAAAAAAAUAAUUUAUACAGUGAUAUGCUGACAGGCUUUUACAAGAGGCACUGGUUUGUAUAUAAAGACACUUGGAUUUUUGUAUCUUUUUCCCCCCAAGUCUGUACUAAUGCUCGCUAAGGUACUGGGAGGUAACAAGUAGCAGCCCCUAACCCACCACCCCUCUGCUUUGUGUCUUUUGUUCAUUGACCAAGACAGCUGUAAGCCCAUCUACAACUAGGUGCGUGGACAUUGUGCUAGGUAGUUUCAGUGUGUCGACUUUAUGAACCGAAAUAUAAACCAGUAAAAUUGUAUCACUAUUUCUUUUGUUGGUUUUAUUUUAACAGCAUAUUCAUUAAAUAUUUUGGUACAAACAAUA